AGCUCCGAGUGGAACAAUGCGUUGCUCUCGCUCCUCGCAGAAUUUGUGAAUAUUCGGUGGAUUUAUGAGAGUGAAUGUAUUAGAAAAAUAAUAUAUAGAAAGUGGAUAAUCAGACCCAAGCCUCAAGUGAAGGAAAAAAAGUGUAGAGUGUUUAGUGUUUGUGUAAAUCGAGUGUGAAGUGGUGAGUAAGGCGAGCCUGGUGGUAGUGCUGUGCGAGGUGCGUGAGAUUUUCCUGUGGGUUUUCUCUCUUCUGGAGGAUGUACAGCCUCGCAGGACCCCUUUUAUAACGGCAGGAUCCACGCAGCCCCUACACGAGACAUGUAUCCGGCACCUAGACCUCCUGGAGCGGUUGUUGCAGGUCAAAUGCUUCACCGGCCACCGUCUGUCCAAGGCCCGCCAGCCCCCGCGGCUCCGGGUCAGCUCAAGUUCACCAUCGCGGAGACGUGUGACAGAAUCAAGGAAGAGUUCAACUUCCUGCAGUCACAGUACCAUGCGUUGAAGCUGGAGUGCGAGAAGUUAGCCAGCGAGAAGACGGAGAUGCAGAGGCACUACGUUAUGUAUUACGAGAUGUCGUACGGUCUCAACGUCGAGAUGCACAAACAGACGGAGAUCGCGAAGCGGCUCAACGCCAUCAUAGCGCAGGUCCUGCCCUUCUUGUCCCAGGAGCACCAGCAGCAGGUCGCCACGGCGGUGGAGAGAGCCAAGCAGGUCACCAUGACGGAGCUGAACGCGAUCAUCGGGCAACAGAUGCACGCCCAGGCAGGCAUUCCCCAUGGCGCCCACGCCCCGACGUUACCGAUGGCGCCGCACCCGUCCUUAGCGGGGAUGCCCGGCCUCCCGCCGUCGUCGGGAGCCCCGCCCGGCCUCCUCUCCGCCGUGUCCUCGGCCUCGCUCAUGGGCCUCCCCACCCACCCGCUCUCCGUCCUGAGCAAGCCUGACCUCGGCCGCCCCGAGGACAAGCGGGAGCGACCCGAGGACCGCGCCGCAGCCCUCCUCGAGGAACGAGCCAGGAAUAGCAGCUCCCCGGGCGAGAAGUACCGCCCCCGGUCCCGCACCCCCGACGACCACGACGCCAAGCGCCGGAAGGAGGACAAGGGCCACGACUCCGACGGCGAAAAGAGCGAUCAGGACCUGGUCGUCGAUGUCGCCAACGAGGACCCAACAACUCCUCCACAGGCGAACGGCGACCACCGCGACGUGCGGGAGAACGGCGAGAAGAAGCCCGAGCGGCCGCCGUCGCAGUCGUCGUCGUCGCGGUCCACGCCGCAGCUCAAGCACGAGAAGAGUGACCCUCGUUCCACCCCCACGUCCAAGUCUGGUGGGGGGAGCGGCGCCCCCUCCGGGCCCCCUGGCUCCUCCGGCGUGAAGCCCCCCGGCGCCCCCCCUGGUGGUGCCGGUCCGUCCCCUCACUACCCCCCCUCCCCCUACCUGCCCCCCGGCGCCGCUGGGCCCCGACCUGACCUGCCCCCCGGCCCGCCCCGCCCUGACCUCCCGCCCUCCGCCGCCUACCCCCCAGGGCACCCUAACAACUACCUCCGCCCACCGGGCUCCGGCUAUGACCCCCACGGUGUGCGGCCGCCUCCGCUCGCUUCCAACGGCAUUCCAACCAACGGCUCCGCUGGGAAACCGGCAUAUAGCUUUCAUGUGAGCGGCGAGGGCCAGCUGGCCCCCGUGCCGUUCCCCUCGGACGCGCUGUUGGCCCCGGGCAUUCCUCGGCACGCGCGGCAGAUCAACACGCUGCACCACGGCGAGGUGGUGUGCGCCGUCACCAUCAGCAACCCCACCAAGUACGUGUACACGGGCGGCAAGGGCUGCGUCAAGGUGUGGGACAUCAGCCAGCCCGGGUCCAAGACGCCCGUGUCGCAGCUGGACUGCCUGCAGCGGGAUAACUACAUCAGGUCCGUCAAGCUCCUGCCUGACAUGCGCACCCUCAUCGUGGGCGGCGAGGCGUCCACCCUCAGCAUCUGGGACCUGGCCACGCCCACGCCCAGGAUCAAGGCAGAGUUGAUAUCCUCCGCCCCCGCGUGCUACGCCCUGGCCAUCAGCCCCGACUCCAAGGUGUGCUUCAGCUGCUGCAGCGACGGCAACAUCGCGGUGUGGGACCUGCACAACCAGACGCUGGUGCGGCAGUUCCAGGGCCACACGGACGGCGCCUCCUGCAUCGACAUCUCGCCCGACGGCACCAAGCUGUGGACGGGCGGCCUCGACAACACGGUGCGGUCGUGGGACCUGCGCGAGGGGCGCCAGCUGCAGCAGCACGACUUCACCAGCCAGAUCUUCUCGCUGGGCUUCUGCCCGACCGGCGACUGGCUGGCCGUGGGCAUGGAGAGCUCCAACGUGGAGGUGCUGCACGUGAACAAGCCCGACAAGUACCAGCUGCACCUGCACGAGUCCUGCGUGCUCUCCCUCAAGUUCGCCUCGGCCGGCAAGUGGUUCGUGUCCACGGGCAAGGACAACCUGCUCAACGCGUGGCGCACGCCCUACGGCGCAUCCAUCUUCCAGUCGAAGGAGUCGUCCUCGGUGCUGAGCUGCGACAUCUCCGCGGACGACAAGUACAUCGUGACGGGCUCGGGCGACAAGAAGGCCACCGUCUACGAGGUCAUCUACUAAAGUGGCCGAGCCGCCGCGACCUAGUGCCUGGACCCCGCAGGAGGGGCGUCUCCUUAGGGAUAUUCAGGGCACCCCGAGAGGGCGGCAGAGGAGUAGAUUUUGCCGUGUGGACCGUGGUAUCCAUAAGCGAUGCGAAGGCGCCAGAGU